AUGUUAGCAGAUGUAAAUGGAACAAGAAAAUAUGCAUAUUGGUUAAUAUUUCCACAUUUUGAAGAAGCAGAAUUAUCAUCAAAUAUUUCAUUUCAUUACUUUCCUUAUCAAGUUAUUAAUAGUGAUGAAUUAAAUGAUCAUUCUAACUAUGAUGUAUCAAUAUUAUUAAAAACAUUUGGUGCUUCAGCACUUGUUGAUCUUAUUGGGUAUUUGCUGGUCGAAAGAAAAUUUCUUUUUGUAAGUCAAUCAAUUCAAUCUUUAUCAACAUUUAUUAUUGUAUUUACGUCUUUAAUAUCUUCAUUCCAAUUGCAACAUGUAUAUAUUCCUGUUUUACCACUUUCAUUAUUGAAAUAUUGUGCUGCACCUAUGCUUUAUAUAAUUGGAGUAAAAAAUAAUUUUUUGCCAAAUGUAUAUAAAGACUGUGGUAAAAUGGAUGAUACAAUUGUUCUUGAAGUGGACAAUGGUAAAUUAUUAAAUAACCAUCCACUAAAUUUCCCAUUAGUAUUUAUUUCUAAUGAAACUACUUUUUUAAAAGUUGCAUGA